UCAUGAACACAUCUACUGGAGCCCAUGCUGAAUUCGGUGGCGUGAGGAUGAGGGGACAUGUCGCCUGUAUUUACCUGCCUCACAAGUGACGAGAGAACGGGAAACGUAUUUCUAAGAAGAACUCAUCGGUCUUAUGAUUCUCUUCUAGAACUGCACUUCUCCUAGCAGGACCAUGCUGUGUGUGGAGUGGAAUCAGGUGGCAGAAAUGUGUCUUUAUGUGGAUGAUCUGAGCGAGGACAGUCGGAUUCUGUGUCUCUGCUCCAGAGCUUUUUUCAAUGAUCGCUACCUGUACCAUUUAGGAUUGAGGGGAAUUGACAGCAAUAAGAAGAUUCUCAGAGAUUAUGAGGAAGAGGAUGAUCAGGAAGAGCUGGAGAUGUCCAAUGUCUCUGACCAACCUGUGGAGGAAGGAGAACUAGACUCGGAGUCUGAGCUAAUGCUGCGGAUGGGUCUCCCGAUACAGUUUGGUGGGUCAUCAUUUGAGAAGAACUUUGUGCCACUGGAAACUUGUGUGAAGGAAGAUAAAAUCCAUAAGAAAAAGAAGAAAAAGACAAAAUGCUCCAAAUACAUAAAUGAAAGCAUAAAAGAAGCUAUGGAGGAUAUUAGUGAGGUCUGCAAAGACGAAGGUGGUUCUCCUAGCAUUGAGCAGCCUGACAUUGAAGAAAGUCCUGCUGGAGGUACCAGUGAGGAUGUGGCUGAUCUGGAACCGCUCUCCGCACGGCCAAGCUCGCAGGAGAGCUGGGAACGUUACUGGAACCAGUAUGGACAGGGAUUGCUAUGGCAGGCUUGGAUUAAAAAGCAUGAAGAUCUGGCAGUAACAAGUGACGAUUGCGAACCUGAGCCAUGGAAUUGCUCUGCAACCAAGGAAGAAUGGGCUGAGCAUUAUAAUGAAUUGUACUGGCAGUAUUCUGAGCAGUUUCAGUACUGGGCACAACAGGGGUGGACUUUUGAUGAACCUAGUGAUUGUGAAGGUAAAGACACACAAGUGGCACCAGCUGCAGCUAAUGUUCGGCACACAAACCAUAGUCUGCACAUACCUCCUUCUUCUACAGAAAGUAUUGAUUGUCUCAGUGACUGCGUACAUGGACUGAAGAUCAUAAAUCUUGAUAUAAAGGAAAUGGAGAGAGACAGUAAACCUUUAAGUGUUAUUUAUGAGAGUCAUCCGAUGCAGGACCCAGAGAGCCUGGGAGCUCAAUGCCCUUGUGAUCCAGACCAGAGUGAGCCCAGGGAGGUUGGCUCUGCCAAGAGGGAAGCAUCGUCUGGACGCACUGAUACAAGCCAGCCAGAAUUCGUGUUUGGCUCUGUUCACACCUACUUUGGAAGCUCCUUUGGUUUUGACAGGAAGAACAGUGCUGUUACACAUCAGCGGGGUCCAGCGGUCGCCACUGGUGUCCAUUGUGCAACAGUUUCAGAAGUGCCAAAGAAUACUUCGCCUGGUGGACAGAUGCCAGCUAAUGGACAAGAUGAUGAUGAUGAGGAUGAUCCUCCAGAGUGCAAACAGGCUAAAAUCAAGCGGAGCCAUGAACUGGAUGCUGAAGAGAACCCAUGUGAGGUGGCUGCCGAAGUCUCUGCCGUCUUGGGGCUGAAACAUGGCACAGGACAAAAAUAUGGCGGUAUUUCACACUUCAAGCAUCGGACACUACGCUACCUGGAGAAAGGCGUCAGACACCGCUCACAUUUUCUAGACAUGCAUAGGCCAGUGAAGAACAGGCACAUAUUUUUUUCAGAAGAACCAGAAGAGAAAGUGCUAAAAAGUAAAACUGUAAACAAGGUACAAAAAUUUCUAAAAGUGGUUGGUGAACCUAUUGACGAUGUAUUAAAUGUAAUUUCACUGCCAAAGAUGGAAGAUUCCUCCAGCAACUCUGAUUCUGAAUGCCUGGAUCACUCUAAUGUUAGCGAACCUACUAGUCAGUCCAAGCAGUGUGACGAUACAGAGCUUUCUGAAGAGAAAGACCAUCCUGCUCUAAAUCAACCACCUGAAAUACAAGAACAGAUAAUUCAGUCUGAUAUGCUGGAUAGCUCUAAACAAAGCAAAGGGAUGACCUCUACAUUACCUUCUAACGCCAUCUGGUGUUUAGACCGUGCAAUUGACACAGAAUCCGAACGAUCAGAUACCGAAAAAAACGACUCUACACGACAGCUGGUAUCCCUUGAAAUUCCAGACUAUCUGCAGGUUGGAGUGGAAGAGAACAAUAUUGACUCCUGCAGUAAAGCUAAGGACAAAUGCAAGAAAAAAAAGAAAAAGCCAAAAAAGAAGGUUCUAUCUCUGCCCCCUGAAAUAGCUGCUGAUCCUCACCUUGCCAAGUACUGGGCACAGCGCUACAGACUCUUCUCUCGCUUUGAUGAAGGGAUUAAACUUGAUGAAGAAGGCUGGUUUUCUGUUACUCCAGAGAAGAUUGCAGAACACAUUGCACACCGUGUGAGGCAAUGCAUCAAUGGUGCCGUCGUGGUGGAUGCUUUCUGUGGUGUUGGGGGAAAUGCCAUUCAGUUUGCCUUAGCUGGAAUGCAUGGUGAGAUUUAG